CUCCUGCCCCGCGCGCACCCGCUGCGGCCGCCGCGCCCCGGUCCCCGCGGCCAUGGAGCGUAUCGAGGGGGCGGCCGUGGCCCGGUGCGCAGCCUCGCCCUACCUGCAGCCGUUCACGCUGCACUACCGCCAGAAUGGCACCCAGAAGUCGUGGGACUUCAUGAAGACGCAUGACAGUGUGACCAUUCUCCUGUUCAACUCUUCCCGGAGGAGCCUGGUGCUGGUGAAGCAGUUUCGGCCGGCCGUGUACAUGAGCGAGGUGGAGCGCCGCUUCCCAGGGUCCCUGGCGGCUGUGGACGCCGACAGGCCGCAGGUGCUGCCGGAGGCACUGCCGGGCUCGGCGGGCGUGAUGUACGAGCUGUGCGCCGGCAUCGUGGACCAGCCGGGGCUGUCGCUGGAGGAGGUGGCAUGCAAGGAGGCCUGGGAGGAGUGUGGCUACCGCCUGGCCCCGGCCGACCUGCGCCGCGUCGCCACCUACAAGGCUGGCGUGGGACUGACCGGCUCCAGCCAGACCAUGUUCUAUGCGGAGGUGACAGACGCCCAGAGGGGUGGCCCGGGCGGGGGCCUGGCCGAGGAGGGCGAGCUCAUUGAGGUCGUGCACCUGCCCCUGGGGGGCGCCCAGGCCUUCUCGGACAACCCGGAUGUCCCCAAGACCCUCGGCGUCAUCUUUGGGAUCUCCUGGUUCCUCCAUUGUGUGGGCCCCGGCCUGGGUCUCCUGUGACCCCCGAGGGGGUCUGGAGCCAGGCCGGUCCUGGCCCCCACCCUGCAGCCCAAUAAAGGCUCCUGUGGCUCUAGCUGUG